AUGCACUUUCUGUGGAGGAACGCCCGCGAGGUGGUGGCCGUCAAGUGCGUGAGCAAGCGGAGCCUCAACCGGGCCUCCGUGGAGAACCUGCUCACCGAGAUUGAGAUCCUCAAGGCUGUGCGGCACCCGCACAUCGUGGAGCUGAAGGACUUCCAGUGGGACAGCGACCACAUCUACCUGAUCAUGGAGUUCUGCGCCGGCGGAGACCUCUCCCGCUUCAUCCGCAUGCGGCGCAUCCUGCCCGAGAAGGUGGUGCGUGUCUUCCUGCAGCAGCUCGCCUGUGCCCUCAAGUUCCUGCACGACCGCAACAUCUCCCACCUGGACCUCAAGCCGCAGAACAUCCUCCUGAGCAGCCUGGAGAACCCCCAGCUCAAGCUGGCAGAUUUCGGCUUUGCUCAGUACAUGUCCCCGUGGGACGAGCAGCACGUGCUGAGGGGCUCACCGCUCUACAUGGCGCCGGAGAUGGUUUGCUGCCAGCAGUACGACGCGCGCGCGGACCUCUGGUCCCUGGGCGUAAUCCUUUACGAGGCGCUUUUUGGGCAUCCACCCUUUGCCUCCAGGUCGUUUGCAGAGCUGGAGGAGAAGAUCCGCAGCGAGCGGGUUAUCGAGCUGCCCAGUCGGCCCCGACUCUCGCCGGAGUGCCGGGAUCUCUUGCAACGCCUCUUGGAGCGGGACCCCUCGAAGCGCAUCUCCUUUGAGCACUUCUUCGCCCACCCCUUCGUGGACAUGGAGCACAUGCCGAGCCCAGAGAGCCUCGGCAAGGCGACCAGCCUGGUGGUGGAGGCGGUGAAGAAGGACCAGGCGGGGGAUGCAUCGGCCGCGCUCUCGCUCUACUGCAAAGCCCUGGAGUAUUUUGUGCCUGCUCUGCACUAUGAAGGCGAUGCUCGCCGGAAAGAAGCCAUCCGGGCCAAGGUGGGACAGUACAUCUCCCGCGCGGAGGAGCUGAAAGUGCUUGUCACGUGUGACAACAAGAGCCUCCUGCAGCGCGGAAACCCUGCCCGUGAGCUCCUCAAAGAGAUGGCCAAGGACAAGCCUCGUCUCUGUGCUGCGCUGGAAGUGGCUUCUGCAGCCAUUGCCAAGGAGGAGGAAGGCAGAGACGAUGAGGACGCCCUGGAGCUCUACCAGCAGAGCCUGGGUGAGCUGCUGCUCCUCCUGGCUGCAGAGCCAGCGGGGAGGCGUCGGGAGCUGCUCCAUGCUGAGAUCCAGGUGCUGAUGGGCCGAGCCGAGUACCUGAAAGACCAGAUCAAGAUGCGUGAGGCGCAAUCCAUGGGAAAGGAGGCACUGGCGGAGUCUGUCCGGAACUCCUGUACAUUGCAGUGAUGCCCCAGAGAGCCGGCCCGCGG